AUGGCUGCUGGAGCUGGAGCUGCUGGAGCUGGAGCUGCUGGAGCUGGAGCUGCUGGGGGUGUUGGCGCUGGCGGUACUGCUGGCGCUAGUGCUUCUGAGGGUGCUGGAGCUGGCGCUGUUGGAGCUGGAGGUGCUGCUGGCGCUGGUCCAGACGCUGAGGGUACUGGUGCUGUCUUUGCUGUUUCUGGAGGCGCUUCGCGGCCGAGGCCGUACUUCGUUCCGCUCCUGGAGCAGGUUCUUGGUCUCCUGCCCUCUACUGGUCCUGCUCCUCCCUUAGAGUGUCCACAGCCUGUCCAGUCCCAGUCACAGUUACAGCCCGCCUCCCCUCUACCUGCUUCUUCUCCUUACACUGGUCCUACUGGAGGUCUUGCUGAGCGUCAUGAGCCUGCGUCUCGUCCUGCGUCGCCUGUUCGUGCUGCUCGCACUAGUCGUCGUGCUACACGUCCGCGUCCUCCUGCGGUCCCCGGCACACACCAAAUGGCAUUGCGUCCUUCCACUGCUCCUCUUCGUGUCCCUUUGCGGUCUCCUCCACACUCCUCUCUUCCUCUUGCUCACCGGGAGUCUGACUCCCUUCGUGCUGCUAGUCCUUCGGUCAUGCGCCUUCUUGCUACUAUUGUCACUGACCCUUCCUUUGAGUCCACUGCUGCGUCUGCCCUAGUUGCUGAGCUUGUCAACUUCGCUGCUCGCUAUCGUCUAGACUACGCUGCUAGUCUCGUUGCUGAGUCUGAGUCUGUCUGUCCUCCGUCCGUCGGGGGUGAGUGUGCUCUUAGCACGGACGUCCUUGAGGACAGGCAGGAGGAGUUCCAGUGCUUUGCUGCUGCUUUGCCCCAUCUCGUGUCCACGCUGAUUGCCCCUGAGGGAGACCCAGAUGCACCAGACAUCCCGACUCCUCGAUCGUACGCUGAGGCGAUCGAGGGUCCCUACUCCUCUCAGUGGCAGUCGGCCAUGGACGCAAAGAUGGCUUCCUGGAAGCCCACAAGCACCUACGUUGACGAGGUUCCCCCACCUGGGGCGAACAUCGUCAGUGGCAUGUGGAUCUUUAGGGUGAAGCGGCCGCCGGGUUCUCCGCCUGUCUUCAAGGCGCGUUACGUGGCUCGUGGCUUCAGUCAGCGGCAGGGAGUUGACUACUUUCAUACCUUCUCUCCCAACCCGAAGAUGACCACUCUUCGGGUGCUGCUACACAUAGCUGCUCAGCGCGACUACGAGCUUCACUCUCUUGACUUCAGCACAGCGUUCCUGCAGGGCAGCCUGCACGAGGAGAUCUGGCUGCGCCACCCACCUGGCUUCACUAGGUCGUUUCCUCCUGGUACCCAGUCGAGCCUCCGGCGGCCAGUCUACGGUCUCCGCCAGGCGCCCCGUGAGUGGCACGACACAGUGAGGACUACACUUGCUGCUCUUGGGUUUGCUCCUUCUACAGCCGACCCGUCGCUGUUUCUACGCACCGACACCUCUUUGUCGCCGUUCUACAUCCUCGUGUACGUCGACGAAUUGGUCUUUGCCACUGCUGGACUCGCCCACGUGAAGUCCGAGCUGCAGAAGAGACACACGUGCACAGACCUGGGUGAACUGCGCUGCUACCUUGGCUUGCAGAUCACCCGGGACAGAGCACACCGCACCAUUACCCUGACUCAGUCACACAUGGUGCAGCAGGUCCUUCAGCGCUUCGGCUUCACGUACUCCUCGCCUCAGGCCACUCCUCUGUCUACUCGCCACUCGCUCUCAGCUCUGCCUUCGGAUGAGUCCGUAGAGCCGAGUGGCCCGUACCCAGAGCUUGUUGGCUGCCUCAUGUACCUGAUGACCUGCACACGACCUGACCUUGCAUACCCUCUUAGCAUCUUGGCACGCUAUGUUACUCCUGGGAGACACCGACCAGAGCACAUGGCUGCAGCGAAGAGGGUGUUGCGCUACGUGUGCAGUACGUCGGGCAUGGGGCUAGUGCUUGGAGGGCGGCGUCGAGUGGUCCUCACAGGUCACGCAGACGCUUCUUGGGCUGACGACCAGGCUCUGCAGCGGUUGUCACACGGUUACACCUUCAGCCUUGGCUUUGGCUCUGUUUCGUGGCGGUCUACCCGCUCGUCUUCUGUUCUCAGCUCCAGCUGUGAGCCUGAGAUCUACGCAGGGGCCAUGGCUGCACAGGAGCUACGCUGGCUCACCUUCUUGCUGACUGACCUAGGAGAGCCGCCUCGUUCUCCUCCAGUUUUGUGCGUAGACAACAAGGCCAUGGUGGCCUUGUGUCAGGAGCACAGACUGGAGCACAGAACGAAGCACAUUGCUCUCCGCUACUUCCUGGCUCGUGAGCUGCAGCAGCGUGGUCAGCUCCGCCUCACCUACGUGGUCUCUAAGGCCAACAAUGCUUAUAUCUUCACCAAGGCCCUUCCGCCUUGUGAUCAUCAGCGCUUCUGUAUUGUGGCAUAUAUGCUAUAG